AUGUCAGAAUCCCAAUCGACAAAUACCCCGCGUUUGAGCGAAGUCUCCAGUGUGGAUUCUCCAAAGGACCUUCCUGACCCAAUUGCUCCCGUGCAGGCCAAUACAAAGGUCGUCAACGCAAGGAUGCCUGGAGUCAAACCCCCCUUUAACUCCAACACCUUCGCUGGCUCCCUUGAUCCGAUGGCAUAUGCAUCAGAAGACAUGUAUCGUAAGACACCCGAAUCCGAUGCACUGGCUUCGUCAGAUGAAGAGCAGGACCAAUCGGCUUCAUACUUUCCACCGGGCCUUAAAAAUCCAAAAUUAGAGAGCAUUUCCACCAUGUCUUCUAGACGUCCCUCGUAUGCAGCCGAAUUUUCCAACCGUAACCGAGCCCUGAAUACUCAAAAUGGACAUGAACCCAUACUGCCGGAAUCUAAUCCAUCAAGCCCGUUGACUGAUCUCUCGGGCUGGCCAGCAUCUAAGAAUCCUCAGGAGAGAAAGGCUUCUAUCAAUCUAACCUGGAGCGCUGGAUCGAUAUGGAAUCAAGGAUCUUCCUCCCGAAAAAAUCCACAAAAAGGUCUCGUUGGUUCGAUCCUCACCAGCACAGGCCCUGGGUCUCUAUAUUCGAGCACAGACGCUAUCCAAUCUCCAACUUCCUUGCUCCCUGGUAGUUCUAGCGACCUCUCAAUUCCGAUCCCUCCAAACCCUCAACCACGGAAUUAUAGAUCCAUGUCAUUUUCCGUAGGUCAACGUGAGUUGGAAGAUCAGGCUAGGCCUAGACUCUCUCCGCCUGCCCAUCAUACUCUAUCAAGACUAUCUGGAUUAAACCAUCGGCCCUCUCGCCCGAGCCUUCUCUCUGAGGAGCACUACGCCAAUGGUAGCCCCCUCAGAAGUGUUUUCGAGGCACCAGAUCAUAUCGAAGAGAGAUACGAGGAAUCUCCAAUUGAAACAUUAGGCUCCACCCAACCGGGAUAUGCCAGUCACUCGCGACAGUAUGAUUCCGUUAGAUUUAGGAACCGUACUAUUUCUACAGCCUCCAGCUCAGGCCGAACCAUUACAGCCGCUUCGGGUCGAACUAGUGACACGAACCCUACGGAUCGAUCUGAUGAUUUUGAGAAUGCACUAGCCGAUGACGACGAAGUUGAUGCUUUGGCUUCUUCCGGAUUCUUCGGCCAUAAUCGUGGAUUUGAAUCGUCAAAUCUAGGUAGGCGAUUUAGUGAGGCACCUCGGAGCACCAACUUUCCAGAAAACCAACGCUUAGAACUUCUCAAGAAGCAGCAUUGGCAGAAUGUGGGAGUCCCAUUUGGAGGUGAAGAAGAUCUUGGGAGCCAGAGCCGUCGACAUUCCUUCGCUGGUCCUCUUUCGAAAGUUCCUGGAGAAGAAUACAGCAUAUCUCAGAGCAGCCAGGUUUUGGAUCAAUACGCCAACACCAGCCCAACCCAACCCGAAGUAAUCAAUUUUGAUAAUUAUCUCAUGGGCGAGCAGCAGCUUCAUAGCCAUGGACUCAGCCCUAACCCGGUUCUUCGAUCGGGAUUCGCCCCAAAUGAAAUGCCUCCUUUGAGCAUUUCUCCUGAGCAACAGCGAAUGAUGAAUGGGCCUGCUAGCAUAUACCAGCCAGGCUAUCCUCCACUCACACAAAUGGCACCACGGAACAACCAAUUGUUGUAUCUCGUUUCAUUCAAAGCUUGCCGUGCAGAUGUCUUUUUCGUUCAAGAAGGGACAGGUCUUAGAGUCAAGAAUGGUGACCUCGUCAUUGUCGAAGCCGAUAGAGGAACGGACUUGGGUACCGUGACUGGAGAAAAUGUUACUUGGAACCAAGCUAAAGCGCUCAAGGAGGAAGCCGCUGCUCGACAUUACGAGUGGCUAAUGAUGUUCUCCAAUCGUCGACCGGGUGGGGCUGCCCCUCCUGGUGCGGCCGCUGGGCCCACGCCAACCCUCGUGAACGGUCAGAGUAUGGGUGACCCAGCUUUGAACCCAGGCCAAAACCCAGACCCCUCUGCGACAGAACUUAAGCCAAAGAUGAUCAAGCGUUUGGCCCAAGUACACGAAAUCCAGACUUUACGUGACAAAGAAGCCAAUGAAGCCAAAGCCAAGAGGGUAUGCCAGCAAAAGGUCCUAGAGCACCGACUCCCAAUGGAGAUUCUAGAUGCUGAGUUCCAAAUGGACUGGAAAAAAUUGACCUUUUACUAUUAUGCGGAUACUUAUAUCAACUUCAACUCUCUCGUUACCGACCUUUUCAAGAUCUACAAAACUCGUAUCUGGAUGUCGGCUAUGAAUCCGGCAUCCUUUGCUCACGCCAAUGGGGGUGCCAUCGGCUCUCGUAUCAACACCGGCCCUCCAAUAUUGCAGGGAGUCAUUAGUGAUCAUCUCUCAGAUGUUGCUAUACAACAACAUUACGGAAACCUCGGCAUUCAAGCCCCUCAGUACGCCUACGCACCUUCCAUCCCUCGCGCCCUUGUUCCACCUGGAACGCAGCAAAUCUACGCCCAGCAGCAAAUGCCACUGCCACAAGCUAUUGCCCUUUACCCGAUCCGCCAGGCUACACAUGGCGUCGUCCCACACCAAGAUUUCAGUCACCUCCCACAACAACAACAAAACAAUGGAUAUUACAUGAACAAUCAAAACGGUGGCACCAGUCCACACGGUCAGGGUCUCGAAUUCCGUCCCACCUGA